UGAACUCGGGUCUCCCCAGUCCUAGUCCGGCACUCUAGCCACUACACCUUGCUGUGCUUUCCCCAGUGCUGGUGGGCAGUGGGGAGGACUACAGGGGCAGAGCUGCCAUUGUGUAAAUGGGUUCAAAGAAUCCGGGCCACCAAUGGAAAAGGCCGCCAAAGCCCACAGGGGUGUGUGGCUCGGGCUCUGGAAAAGCCCCAAGUGAAUUUCCCCCGCCUACUAUUGGGCUCUGGAGAGCCCCAAGCGAGCUCUCCCCUGUCCUUUUCAAGUAGCUUUUGCUGCCUGGGAGCCUUUCCCCCGCUUUCCUCUCCUUCCAGUGAGGGAGAGAAGGGGAAACAGAUGUUUUCAGGCAUCCUGAAAUGAAGAGACAAGCCAGAGGCCACUAGUGGGGUUUUCGUGGGCCACGAGGGGACUGUGGCCAGCUUAAGGAAGAUCACUGCUCUAACCAGAGCCAGAUUAAGGCUUUGGGAGGCUUGAGGCACUUAACAUAGGAGGGCCCUUGUGGUCUUGUCUGCCUGCAACCUUACUAUACGCAAUGGCCGCAAUCUGAACUUAAAUUUGUGCAAAGUAGACCCAUUGAAAUAAUGGAAUUUAAGUUUGUCAUGAGUAAAUGAAGUCCCAUUAUUUCAGUGGAUCUUCGAUGAGUAGGGCUAAUUGGUUCAAAAUUGAUGUUAAAACACCAUUUUUCUUGUUUGGUCUAUGGGGGGGAAGCCCCCCUCCCCCCAAAAACCAACCCAUUGGAUGUCAUGUGGUCAUGCUUUGUAGUUUCUGAAAAUACAUUUCCAGUGACACGGUACACAACAAAAUUGAUCAAAUAAUUUCUGAUAAUUAUAGUGAUGGUGGUCAUCUUGAUGAAGUCAUCACAACCAAGCCUCACACAUGGAAGAGUGACAUCAAGGGAAUUCUUCAUCUAGAGAAGUUUUCAUUUUCAUUUUCAUUUUUUAAAAAACCAUCUUCAUUAAUUUUAUCACAGAUUUUGCAAAUGAAAUCACAUACACACACUGCUCCUGGGCUAUUUGCCUCGCUGAGAAUAUUGGACCAAUCAGCUCAGUUUUGAUUGGCAGCUGCCCGUUCUCCAGGCUUUCAAGAAGAGUUUCCUAAACCUGUUCCAAGGGGAUGGGGCCACUCUGAGAAGGGCAUUUGCAUGCUUGCAUGCAGAAGAUUCAAAGUUCCUUCCCUGGAAUCUCCAAGGUAGGGCUAUGUAAGAUGUUAUGUUGUACAAGUGUACAGAUGUAUGUACACUCCUACCUAUGUAAUGUGAUUUAUGUAUUUAGAACAUUUCUGUACUGCCCCAUCUGCAAAUCUCUGGGUGGUUUACACAAGGGAGGUAGGGCUUGAAGUGGGAAGGGAAGAGGAAAUGAGAGAUCCCUUACCACACAUUGAACCCUGAGACACCCAUACCCAUAGAUUCCACCCACCCACCCCCGGUGUGUUUAGCCAGGAGGUACUGAUGGUGGAAUCCUGUGGGAAGGCAACCAGACAGCCCAUUAGAAGCCUUGGCACUCCUUUCAAAUGGGUUUACCUUUCUUGUUGUAUUAGAGGGAGAAACCUUGGUUGCUAGCUAGGAUCACUCACUUUUGUGAUACUGCAGAGUGAGUAAUGUGUUGCGUUGGCAGGACUGAAGAGCUCCAUCUGCCUAGUUAGUCCUUGCUUUAAAAGAGAGACUUACCAAAGAGCAAGGAGAUCUUUACCAAGAGACUUACCAAAGAGCAAGGAGUAUUCCUGGAAGCGCCUUGGAGGGCAGAGCGGAGAUGGAAAAGGAACACUCAGCUGGCCCUGAAGCAGGAAGGGACCCUCUAGCCAAACAGACUAAGAGCAGUGAGCAACUCUGGGAAAGAACCGUGCAGGAGAUGCUGGGUGAGGAUGCCACCAGCUCAGCUGCAAAGUGCCACCAGCUCAGACAGUUCUCUUACCAGGAGACCGAGGGGCCCCGAGAGCUUUGCAGCCAAAUCCACAGUCUUUGCUGUCACUGGCUGAAGCCAGAAAAGCACACAAAGGCUCAGAUCCUGGACCUGGUGAUUCUGGAACAGUUCCUGAGCGUCAUGCCCCCGGAGAUGGAAAGCUGGGUCAGAGAAUGCGGAGUGGAGACCAGUUCCCAGGCAGUGGCGCUGGCAGAAGGUUUCCUCCUGAGCCAGGCAGAGGCCAAGAAGCAGGAAGAGCAGCAGGGCCAGAAGGCACCCAAAGUAGAAACUGAUUUGUCUCUAGCAGAGAUGGCUUCUUUGGACCAUAGAGAGAGGCCAUCAUUCAGGUGGAUCAUGCAAGCAAGUGAAGGAGGUGCCACGGUGCAGGGUGGUGAAGUCCCAUUGACUCUUCCAUCCAGACCUUCCCCUCUUUCUGGGAGAGCGGAGACAGCCUCUGUCCAACUGAACCAGGGUCCAGUGACCUUUGAGGAUGUGGCUGUGUGUUUCAGGAAGGAGGAGUGGGCUCUGCUGAAUCCAGACCAACGGGCUCUGCAUUCAGAAGUCAUGGAGGAGAUCUGUGGGCAUCUGGCCUCUCUGGUGGGAGGCUCUCUUUAUUUUACUCCUGCAGAUGAUGGAGGUGGGAGAAAGGAUGAACUGCCGAGUAGGAAAAGGGAAGCAAAAUAUCUCUGGGAGAAGAAAUCUGCUACUUCUGAAUGCAAUAAUGCCCCUAAAAUUCCGGUCCAAACAAAGGAUUACACUGGAAAUGGAAGGGAUAAAUACCCUCAACGUGUGGAAGUCAUAAACCACAACUCAAGCCUUCACACACCUCAAAGAAUUCAGACAGAUAAGAAAACAUAUCAGUGCUCAGAAUGUGAAAAGAGCUUCUGUUGGAUAAGUGACCUUAUUUAUCAUCAAAGAAUCCACACAGGGAAUAAACCAUAUCAGUGCUUGGUGUGUAGCAAGAGCUACAGCCAGCAAGGACAACUUAAGUCCCAUCAGAAAAUGCACACAGGGGAGAAAUCAUAUCAAUGCAGGGAAUGUGGAAAGAACUUCAGCUUCAGUUCGCAGCUUAUUUGUCAUCAAAGAAUCCACACAGGGGAGAAGCCAUAUCCAUGUUCAAUGUGUGGAAGAAGCUUCAGUCAGAAAGCUAACCUUACUUCCCAUCAAAGAAUCCACACAGGGGAGAAGCCAUAUCCAUGUUCAAUGUGUGGAAAGGGUUUCCGUCAGCAAGGACAACUUAAUUCCCAUCUAAGAAUCCACAUGAGGAGAAACCGUACCAAUACUCAGGAUGUUGAAGGAACUUCCAUUUGAGAAGACAUCUUAUUAAUCAUCAAAGCAUCCACCCGGGGUGGGGGUGGGGUACUAUCUCAUUGCUUGGUGUGUGGAAAGACCAUCAGCUGCAAUUCACAGCAUACUUUCCAUCGAAGAAUACACACAGAGGAGAGACCAUAUUAAUGUUCAGUGUGUGGAAAGAGCUUCAGCCACAACUCACAGCUUACUUGUCAUCAAAGAAUCCACACAGGGGAGAAACCUAAUCAAUGCUCAGAAUAUGGAAAUAACCAGGUGCAGCUUGCAGCCUGUUUGCCAUUUUAAAAAAAUCACACGGGAGAAACCAUAAGAAUGCUCAGUAUGCAGAAAAAGCUUCAAGUGCAGCUCAGAGUUAAAGAAACAUCAAGAAAUCCAUACAUAGAAGAGAAAAUAUCAAUGCUCAUAAUGUGGAAAGAACUUCAGCUAGAUAUCACAGCCUGCUUGCCAUCAAAGCAUCUAUACAGGGUAGCAAGCAUAUCAAAGACUUAGUGUGUGUAAAAAGCUUCAGCUUCAGUUCACAGCCUACUUGCUGUGAGAAAUGUCAAUGCUCAGUGUGUGGAAAAUGCUUCAACCAGAGCUCAAAAGUAAAGAUCAAAAAUCCACACACAGAAGAGAAAAUAUCAAUAGUAGGUAACAUGUUGUUCCUAGACUCUGGAGAGCCAGUUUCAGAGCCCUCUAAACUAGGAAGCUUGGUGGGUUAGUGUGAGCAUAAAAUGGAAUUUACUCAUUCAAAAAAGAUAGUUUAAGAUUAGGAGUUGAUGCUUUAAAUGUUGGUUUGUGCUUUAAAAAUCAUUGGAAUUGCCCAUUAAGGUGCCCAACUUCACUUAGGCACCAUAUAGGCUGUAAAGACUUUGAAUAGUCUUGUAUAUUAUACUGACUUUAGAAAUGAGGCAUACUUUGCCUUGGUCCUUCAGCUCGGGAUUGGGCUGAAGUGGAAUGAGCCCAGGCAGAAAUCUAAUAGGUUCAUUUUCCCUAAUGACUUGCUAGAGAUACCCCAGUGAAUUUCUACCUGAUGCAUCUCCAGAAGGCACAGUGCUUCCCCAAAGUGCCACCUGUAUAGUCAGUGUUCGACCAGAUAUGCAACAGGACCUCGGUCCAGCCACAGUCACCUUAGACAGAUACACCUGAUAGAUUUUGUCUGUUGCAUCUUUUGAGGGAGGAAAGGGAUGGGAAUCUUUCUGAUUUUGUUGGCUGUGUUUAGCUGCAUUUCUCUGCAUGCCAGUCAAAAACAAAAUGAUGGGGAUCCUAGCCUGGUUGCCUCAGAACAUGCACACAUGUUUCCUCUCUUCAAGCAGGGCAGAAUCAGUUUUUCAAGUGGAGAAGAAAAUGUUUGCGAAUUACUCCUGCUCUUUUAUUUGUCUGAGCUCUGAAUGCACUAGCUGCUGUCCGGAGUCUUCUCCUGUCCUUCCAUUUUUUGUCAGAGAUGCUACCUUAGUUUCUGAGUGUAAAGUAUAUCAUGAAUGUAUCAAAUGUUAAUGAGUUCCACACAUCAGUCAAAAAAGCAACCGGUAAUGGCAAUACUUUCUUCUUUGUUGAUAAGUGCUAUUAAAGUUUUCAGUUUUAAA